AUGAAGUUUAAAGGAAUCAUUACAUCGUUUUCGUUUCUAUUAUUACUAGGCUCAAGUUUAUUGGCCCUUUUUAAUAUAUUGUCCGGUGCCAGACACACUGGUGUGUUGAGGAACUUCUACUGGUUAGAAGCUGACACCUCAGGCUUUAACGAUGCGCCUGGAAAUACCAGAUGGUACAACUACAACUGGUGUGAGUUUUCAGAUGGGCGCACUGGCCGCUGCUCUAACAGAAAGGUCCCAGUGGCCUUCUCUCCAAAGGAUAACUUUGGUUACACUGAAGAAAUGCCAAACACGUUUUUGCAGAAACGUAAUACCUACUACUGGUUAUCCAGAUUUGCCUGGGUUACUUUGUUGUUGGCCUUGAUUUUCAUGCUUUCCGCUUUGCUUCCACACAUCUUGGCUAUAUUUACUGAGCGUGCUCAUGUUAUCUCCACUUUCCCAUUGUGGUUUGCUUUGUUUUUCCUAACAUUGUCAGCUUGUUUGUACACUGCCUGCUAUGUUAAGGGACGUAACGCCUUCCACCGCAGAAACCGUUAUGCUAAGUUAGGAAAGAGGAACUUCUGGUUUAUCUGGGUUUCUGUGUUCUUAUUAGGUCUCAACUGUCUAUGGUCCACGUUCUUGGCUGCCAGCAGAGCUGUUACCUUGUACAAGAACCGCAGCCAUAAGUCUGACACCUACUAUGACCACCCUUCUGACAGGUCUUUUGACAAUAGCACUGCCGUUCACAGUGGUGCCUCUGCCCCUCAAAGAAAGACUUUCUUCAACAAGGAUACUGGUAGACCUAAGGGCUCUAACUAUGACGGUGAAGUCCUUGCAGACAGCCGUGAUGCUGGCUAUAGUGGCAACCAUAACACCUACGGUGCUGAUCGCACGCCUCACGUUUCUGCUCCUAAGACUGCUGCUGGCUACACCGGCUCCGCCGCUCAACCAAACUCUGCCUACGCUACUCAGCCAACCUCAAACUACACUCCUAGCACCCCAGCUGCUGCAUACAGAGGCAAUGAAGUCAACACCCCUAGUGCCAAAGUUAGCUCUCCAACGAAGCCAACAUACGAUGCUGACAAGGAUUUCAAGGCCGUCAACUACGACGCCUACAACUCCCAAAGCACUACUGCCCCAAAGCAGGCUCCAUAUCCAGCUGGUUCUGAAACUUAUAGAGGGGGUGAUAACAAUGGCUACUAUACCCCUGUAAACAGGAAUUCGGGAAGAAUCGUUGAUCCUACGGAAUACCAAGGCAAGCCUGGUACUGGGCAUGACUUAGGCGUUAUGGCUGCUCAAACUGCAUCCAACGCUGCCAAGGCCAUUUGA